CGUGUGUGAUAACGUGCACGGUUUUUAAACGGCUAUUUAUUAUUGUAAGAACCAAAGGAUACAGUGCCGCAUCUUCUUCCUCCAAGUCAACUCAAGUUAUAUGUUUGGAUCCAUUUCUGGCACUGCUCACAAUGCCGGAGGAACAAGCCAAGGACAUCAGUGUGCGGGUCGCCAUCCGUUCCCGCCCCCUCAUAUCCAAAGAGGUUGCAGAGGGAUGUCAGCUGUGUGUCUCCUUCACCCCUGGUGAGCCUCAGGUCAUCCUAGGCAAGAACAAGGCAUUCACCUUCGACUAUGCCUUAAGGGCUGAGGACCCACAGGAGAUGGUCUAUCAGAAGGUGGUAGCGCGUCUUGUGGAUGGACUUUUUAAAGGUUAUAAUGCAACGGUCUUGGCAUAUGGCCAGACCGGAUCGGGGAAAACCUAUGCCAUGGGCAAUGCCUACAACAUGACCGAUGAGUUGAAGAUGGGGGUCAUCCCUAGGGUCAUCCAGAAUAUCUUCCAAUUGAUUGAUGAGAAGCAGGACAUGGAGAUCGUCCUGAAGGUCUCUUACCUAGAGAUCUACAAUGAGGACAUCCAUGACCUACUCUCAAAGGACAAGAAGGAGACACUUGCUAUCAGAGAAGAUAUAGAUGGUGGAAUCAGAGUGGCUGGAUUAAGUGAGGUGACAGUGACUAGUGCGGGUGACAUGUUCAGAUGUCUGGAGAAUGGUUCAGUAGGCAGGACCACAGGGUCGACGGCCAUGAACCUCCAGUCCAGCAGAUCACAUGCUAUCUUCACCAUCUAUGUACAGCUCAAGAAGAAAGAUUCAAGCGAGUCCUUCUGUCAUGCCAAAUUCCAUUUGGUGGAUCUUGCUGGUUCGGAGAGAGCGAAGCGCACCCAAGCACAGGGAGAUCGAUUCAGAGAAGGUGUAAAUAUCAACCGUGGUUUGCUAGCUCUUGGCAAUGUCAUCAGCGCGCUGGGAGAUGAGAAUGGACGCAAGUCACAUAUACCGUACAGAGACUCCAAGCUGACUAGACUUCUACAAGAUUCCUUAGGAGGCAACAGCCAGACUGUGAUGAUCGCUUGCAUCAGCCCUGCAGACUCCAACAUGGAAGAGACCCUGAACACACUGCGCUAUGCGGACAGGGCCAGGCGUAUCAAGAACAAACCCAUCGUGAACAGAGACCCACAGGCAGCAGAGCUGAAUAAACUUAAGCAACAGGUUCAACAACUUCAGAUCCAGCUCCUUCAAGGCAAAAUUCUCAAUGGAGAGGGUGAUUCCGCAGCUGUGAUUAUGGAAGGAGGACAAGAUCUGAAGACCUUAUUGGAGAGAAACAAGUCCCUUGAGGCUGAAAACACAAAGCUGUCCAAUGAAUUGCAGGCAUCUAUUGACCAAACCACUCAGAUGUAUGAAAAGGUCAUCCUAGCUGAGAUGACCAAAGAAAAGCUAAAGCAAAAACUCGUGGAGCUCAGAGCGAGCGCCAACAUGAGCAUCGGAGUUCUCGACAUGACCAUCGCCGAGGGAGGGGAUGGGCAUGACAUGUCAAAGGUCAAAGAGCAGCUAGGAGUCAUGAAAGACCUUCAGCAGAAGAUAGCAGAUUUAGAGAAUCAGCAGGAGGAGGAUGAGAAGGCUGAAGCACUGUAUGGUGAAGAUGAGUCGAGACCUACAACUGCUGCUACAUCAUCCGAUGAGUCCGAAUUCACUGGACCUUCCCCGCGGCCCGAAGGCGAGGCUUCCUCCUCACCCGACAUCACCAAGACCCAUGCCCUUCGCCAGGCAGCCCUUAGCAGGGAGCUUCAUGAGCUGAACCACGCCCUGGCCAGGAAGCAGGAGCUUGCCCAGACCAUGGGACAGAGUGAUGAGAAGAUGCAGGUCAUGAGGAUACAAUAUGAGACGACGAUGAAGCAGCUGGAAGACCAGGUGAACACACUGUCGAAGGAGAAGGAGACCCUGAGCCAUGAACUCUUUGCAUCCAAGACAAAUGCAAACUCUAACAAGUUGAGUGAGCAGCGUCGUAAGAGACUGCAGGAGUUGGAGGCACAGCUUGGUGAGCUGAAAAAGAAGAUCAACUCACAAGCCAAGCUCGUCAAACUCAAAGAGAAGAGCGAUCUCACCGUCGGCAAACUCAACAAUGAGAUUGGGUCAAUGAAGCAAGCCAGGGUGAGACUGAUGAAACAGAUGAAAGAAGACACCGGCAGAUUCCAGCAAUGGAAACGGACCAAGGAUAAAGAAGUACUACAGCUCAAAGCAAAAGAUCGGAAGCGUCAGUUUGAAUACACCAGGUUAGAACGUCAGAACCAGAAGACCCAGAAUGUACUUCGGAGGAAAAUGGAGGAGGCUUCAGCUGCUAAUAGACGAUUGAAAGAUGCUCUUGAGAAGAAGAGUAAUGCAAGGAAUGGCAAGACGAAUGAUACCAACAGACUAGAAGGCAUGGGCAAGAGGAUCAAGUCAUGGAUUGACCAUGAGCUUGAGGUACGUGUGAGUGUGAACGAAGCCAAGAGGCAUCUAGCCUCACUACUCAAUGACCGCAAGACCCUGUCCAAGGAGAUUGGGCGCCUGGAGAGAUCACAAUCAACACCACAGGGUGACAGUCAGACACCAAGUGGAAAGCCAGUGCUGAUUAGAUUGAAUGAGCUGAGAUCAGAGAUUGAACUUCGUAAUGCCCAGAUCUCGGAUCUCCAGCAGAAAAUCAUGGACGCUGACAAUGAUGAGAAGUCACAGACGAAUCGAUGGCAUAACAUCACCAGUAUGCCUGAAGCUAAGUGUAGCAUUGACAGACUCAUGGAGGCAGCCACCUUGUCACGGGUAGAGAUGGGCAUCCUACAGAGCAAGCUCUCUGAUCAUCAGUCAUCCCUUGACGAUGCACACAAAGACAAGGAAGAGAUGGAGACGGAGAUGGACCAGGUGAAGAUGGCUUAUGAGAGAGAAAGGACGGAAAUACAAAGAGCUCAUGAAGACAAGAUUCUGUAUCUACUGACUCAGCUCUCAUCAGCUUCUGACAAAGUGGACGAAUCUGAACAGAAGAUGAGUGGAGAGGAGAGCAUGCUCAAACAAAGGCUUCAUUUCCAGGAGGAGCAGAUUGAGGAGUUGAAGUCCAUACAUGAACAGCUUCAAGAGACAAUACUAGAAAAUGAUGAGCUCAAGAAGAAACUAACAGUAGCGACGUACAAGGGGAAGAAGUCUGCACUCAUGCCUGUUCUCACAUCCCCAGAGGCCUCACCCAUCCCUCAAAUGAAACCUAAGAAGAAGAGAUCAACCGCAGUUCCUAAAGCGAAGAAAAUAGAACGUGUCACUCUGGAGGAAUUCUUUAGUGCUGGGGAGAGUGAUUCUGAGUUUAGUCCUGAUUCAGAAUCGGACUGGAUGGAAACCCCCGUCAAGAGGAAGGCAUCUCGAGCCAAGACAUGUAACUGCAAAAUUAAGUGUCGCGGUACAUGCGGCUGUAAGAGGAACGGUCGUUCCUGCAGCAAGGCCUGCAGGUGUGACCCGACAACCUGUGCGAACCGCAAAGGUCGUGAUUCAUAUGAUCCAGAUGAGAGUGCAGAAUCGACUUCCACCAACAUCACCAGCGUAGAAAACACAGACAUGAUGAACACCACUGUCGUCAUAGAAAACAGCGCAUCGGAAGCAGACGCAGACACUCCUGGCCUCCGGGACUUCAAGCUGCCAAGCAAGCCCCAUCCCCGCAAGGUCCUGGCCCCUGUCAACGGCUCAGUGGAUGCUGGCAAAACCGUCAAACCGAAGUUAAAGCGGGAGAAUGCCUUUGGAGGGGCUUCCCGCAAGCGAUCGUCCGACGCCCUGAAGCCGAAGGGCGAUGUCGCCGGGAUCAAGGGGUCAUUGACCAACGUGGAGAAUGAGGGGAUCGUGAAGCGAAAGAGGAAACUGCUGGGUCCUACCAACCGCAGCUUCUUCAAACCUCUGGAUGUCUGAUUGAGCUGAUAAAAAUCACUAAAAAGUAUAAGUGACAAUUCUUUGGUGAGAGGGGCAUUUUUCCUAUCAGGAGCAUAUUUUGGGAAAGUAAAGUGAAUGCUUGAAGAGGAGUUGUAGAUGCUUCUGUAUUUCAAAGCAUUGGAAAGCUAGCUGAGACUUGUUGUGAUUGUAUUUGUUUUGUAUUGUGUGUGAAAUUGACUAAAGAGAUACAACAUGAAUUAAUGGUGAAACAUUGAUGUAACUGUGGCCUUUUCUGCAUUGCUUCUGAAGAAAGCAGGCGAACAAAAUAAAUGUAUUAUCAAGUGCAAAAGAAAUGAUGAAUUAAUGGAUUCUAUAUUAGAAUUGUCGCUUUCAGUGAGCAUUUUGUACAUGUAUGGUGAAACAUUGAUGUAACUGUGGCCUUUUCUGCAUUGCUUCUGAAGAAAGCAAGUGAACGAAAUAAAUGUAUGAUCAAGUGCAAAAGAAAUGAUGAAUUAAUGCAUUCUAUAUUAGAAUUGUCGCUUUCAGUGAGCAUUUUGUACAUGUACCAGUUCUUUCAAGCAAACUAUCAAUGAACAAGUUGUAUUGACUGUGCUUUGGAAAGCAUUCCUGCUGUAUGUAUACAUUGAUAGCUUGGGCAAUAGAACAUCUAAGCAUCUCACGACCAUCAUGGGAAGUUCUUUCAAUACAGUGUUUUUGAAGAACAUAAGGUAAAGUGUUGGCUGCUUCUGCCAAGGCCCGAAUCUUAGUGCAAUUAAACCUUUAAUAUUUGUCUGGAUUUAUAAAUUCUUCCAAGAAAUUAAAAUCACAGAAUUUUCAGAUAAAUUGUAGCAAGAAGCAAUGGGAAUAUUAGGAAAGCUUGUUCAUAUGCAGUACUGCUGAAAUUACAUUUAUAUCUCAGAAAGUACAAGUAUGCUGGUAGUCGGGAUCUGUAAAAGCUCAAUUCUGAACUGUGGAAAAAAAAUCCCACCUUAAUCAUGAUCGCUAGUUGUUUCUUCCAAUUGUGCAUUUCUUAGAUGAAGUAGAGAACAUUUGAAGAAUUAAUGUAAGAAGAUGUGUGUAUCAUUUUUUUUUUUUUCUCUCUAUUGCCAUUGUUAUUUUCUAGCUGUUGAUGUUUUUUGCAAAAAUGUGUAUAUUUCUUUAUCAGAUGUUCUCUUUGAAUUAAUAAUGAAUACAUGUUGCCCUAGUCUCCUAGGGUUUUAUUGACUUGUAAAUAUAGUACAUGUGUAUAAUAAUUUUGUAAAUACAAUGUCUGCCCAUUACCCUCAAGAAGAUCUGUCUGGUCAAUUUGAGAAAGAAAAUAGUGCAUUUAGGUUAGGUAUAAAAGAUUGGAAAUUUAAAAUCUUCCUCAUUGAAGUUCUGAAAAGUGCAAGAACGAAUAGUAAAAUUGAAAUUGCAAUCUCUUUCAAGCUUUGAGUAAUGGAAAAGGUUAUGAAACUUUGUCAUAUUCAGACCUGAUUAGCCAUUCUCUCUGUGCAUAAAAUUUGCUACUCCCUGCCAUUUUUAUUUUUGUCAUAUUCUUAAUUGAAAAGUUUCACAAUACUCUUCCAUCAUUUUAUUUCCUCAAACCUUGCCAUAUUAUUGUUAUAAUUAAUCGUUUAGUGUGGGAUAGGUUUCAUACUUGUUAAAUAUCCUGCACUUCUUGUUUUCUAGCUCUCUUCUUUUGAAAACUUAUUGACACAACUUCACAAUUUUAUAAGCUGCAGGAGAAUCUGCUGUCAGACUCAAUGGCUUCAGGUUUUUUUUCUUCGAAAGAAGGUAGCAUUUUUUUUCCCACUACAGUGUUCAGCACUGCUCCAAAUCCUAAUAUCUGUGCUGCAAAUGUUCUAUUUUGAGAUGCAAGAUUUGCUGUGGAUUUCUCUUCAGAUUCUUGAUCCAGAUAGCUAACCAUCUCUGCUCAUUUUUUUCUAGUUUGCUCUAUCAAAUGAAUGACUGUGCAAAUGUCUGCAGUGAAGCAAUCUUCAUACAUGCAGACUUGAUUCAAGCAAACUACGAAUAAUUCAGAUAUUAAUUGCCUAUUGCUGCAUCAGCAUGAAGGUUUUUUGUACCGGUAUGUAUAAUCUUUGAAACAUGUGUGGACAUGUGACGAUUAUCUGUGGUUUACUGUAUCAAAUUUAGCAGCAAAAUCACCUGGCAUGUCACUGAGGAAUUAUACAUGUACCUAUAUGAUUUUCUACAAUCUCAAAGCAAGUACCUUCAAUGUUGUUGCAAUUAUUAACCUGUAAAAAACUUCCAAAAUGCCUUUUCACAUUUUGUACAUAGUGCACUGUUACUGUACCGCCAGUACCGGUAUAUAUUUGGUGAUUUGAUAAUGAAAUAAAAUUGUUAAUUUCUUACUGAUGAAA